CGUUUGUUAAACUGUGUUACAUAUCAAUGAUGUUUGAAUUGUGUGAAGUAUUCAUGUUAAUGUUUCGAAAUUUAUUAAAAAGUCACCAUAGUUUGUUGUGAAGCUGACAGUACUUAUAUUUUUUUUAAAAUAUGGUUGCAUAUAUUUUGUACCUGUGAAAUAUAUGUUUAACAUUAAUUAAAUAUUAUACAAGUUUUUAAAAACAAACAUAUUUUUAUCAAUUUCUCUAACACAGUAGUAAUGAGGUGAAGAAAAGUCGUCGUUUCUUAUUGCCAGACUUACGCAAAAUGAAUCUUAACACAUUUCAUAAUGCUUCCUAAAACUUCGAAAACUAUUGCUCUCUGUUCGGUAGCAAAUUUUAUUAAUGCCGCUGACCGAAUUGUUAUGCCUAUUGCCAUUAUUCCUAUGACUGAUCAUUACAACUGGAGUCUAUACUGGCAAGGAUGGAUUCUCAGCGCAUUUGCAUUUGGUUACAUAACUAGUCAGAUCAUUGGAGCCAAUGCUGCAUCCAGAUUUGGUGGUAAAACAGUAAUGACAUUUGCCGUAUUUCUGUGGUCAGUCUCUACUGUUAUUACUCCUUUUAUUGCAUCAUCACUGACAUUACUUAUCAUAUGCAGAAUACUCCUUGGCCUUGGUGAAGGAAUAGGCCUGCCAACUGUUUUUAAUAUUUUUGCUAGUUCUAUACCUGUUGAAGAACGUUCUCGAGCAUUUGGCUAUUUAGUUGCAAGUGGUACUGCUGGCCAGACUAUUGCUGCAUUGAUUUGCCCACAUUUACCCUGGCCUUGGAUGUUUUAUGCAUUUGGAAGUCUUGGCAUUUUAUGGGUUGUCUUAUGGAUAGUAUUUUAUACUGAAAUUCCAAAUUAUGGUCAAGAUGAACUACCUUUAGUUUUUCCUAAGGUGACUAACAUUAAUGUGAGAUGGAUUGAAUUCAUCAGUCACUGGUCAUUAUGGGCUAUCUAUGUGGCCCACUUUGCAAUGAAUUGGUCAAAUUACAUUAUUAUGCAGUGGUUACCAACAUACUUAUCUCGGAAUCUUGGUGCUGAUAAGGAAGAUAUCAGUUUAACUGCUAUGCCUUACUUAAUAAACUCCCUUUGUGGAGUAGUGUCUGGUCAUUUAGCUGACUCAUUAAUCGCAAGGAAGUGGACUGUUUUAUCUGUCCGAAGGUUAAUGACUUGCAUUGGGCUUAUAGGACCUGGUGUAUUUCUCUUGUGCUUUAAUGCAGUGAAUAAUUUGUUAGCUGCAGUAGUUUUAGUGUCCAUUUCUAUGGGUUUAUGUGCCUGUAAUUCUGCUGGCCAUUUGAGCAACCACACUGAUUUGGCUCCAAAUCAUGCGGGUAUUACCUUUGCUAUUUCCAAUACAAUUGCUACUAUUCCUGGUAUUCUGUGUGGUCCAGUUACUGCUGAACUGGUUACUCAAUCCCAUGGACGGUGGUUUCCAGUUUUUGUUCUGGCUGGUUGUGUAAAUUUUGUUGGAGCUGUGAUUUAUACCAGUCAGAGUUCUGCAAGCCAGGCUUUAUGAAAUUUAAGUAUACUUAUUAAACUUCACAAGAUAAAAAGAAGUAAAUUAUUGAAAGCUUUAUUAAGUACUCUAAUGUGAUUUGGACUUGAACAUUUUUUCAUUUUGUUGCAAACCAUUGCCGUUCAUCCAGACAUUUUUAUAGACAAGAAAAAUAUGUAUAAAAAACUAUAUUUAUAAAAUUUUGAAGUUCUGUAUAGAAAAGCAAAAGUAUUUUAAUGGUAAAUAAAUAUUUGCAUUUAUUAUAGUAAAAUAAAAUGUUAUAUACUUGUUUAAAAAGU